AUGUCGUUGUCCAAUCUACGAUUCGGAUUCCGGUUCGGCCAAUGGCUUCGUCCCCGUGGUUAUCACCUUUCAUCAUCUCGAUUUUUAGGUACUCGUUCUAUGGCGACUUCAAUUGGAAACACUGAGCGUUUCCUGGCUGAUCGUGCUGCACCUCUGUGCAGUCUGAACGUUGCACAGUCAUUUGCUCAGUUAAGCUCAAAGGAGAAGAAAUACACCCAUUUUGUCUCAGAGGCAGCGUGGGCUGGUGCACGGAUAAUUCAGGCGCAGUGGACGCCAGAGGCGAUACCAUUGUAUGACCUGUUGAUACUCAUCUUCAGCGAAAACGGAAAACUUGCAGACCUGCCUUCAAUCAAGUCCAAGUCGGGUGUCAUGGAUGAAGAAUGGGAAGACCUCAUGCAAUACACUAUCCAAGUGUUGAGCAAUUUGGUGAACUACAAAUCAUUUGGCUUCACGAAGAUCAUACCCCGCAUCUCCCAGGAGAAGUUCGAGUCGGUGGUUCGCGCUUCCCCAAAUGGCGAUAGGGCCGUGGAAUCCUGGAAAUCUCUCAAGGAACACAUCUACUCGACCGAACCUUCUACUGCCCUAUUCAUAGGAAAACGUAGCGAGGGCCACAUUUCUAACUAUUACCUCGGCGAAGUGAUUUCAGACGAUGAGGUUGCUCAGGUGCAGACUGCUGCUGAGGAUCUCGGUAUUGACAUUCUGAACACUCGUGUUAGGAAGAAUGGACCCGGUGACUUCGCUCUCCUUGUCGCCUCCGCCCAGUCGCAGGCAGCAACAACCCACGAGGUCCAGGUCAAAUCCGACAAGAUUAAACUUACAGUGGAAUAUGGUGACCAUGCGGAUGCACUUCAAAAGGCAGUAGCAGCAUUGCAAGAGGCCAAGAAGUACACCUCGAACGACCACCAGACUGCUAUGAUUGGAGCGUACAUCGGCUCUUUUAACACAGGAUCCAUCAAAGAUCACAAGACUGGCUCAACAGAAUGGGUUAAGGACAUUGGACCUGUAGUUGAAUCUUAUAUUGGUUUCAUUGAGACUUACGUUGAUCCGUACGGCGGUCGCGCUGAGUGGGAAGGCUUCACAGCCAUUGUGAAUAAGGAACUUAGUGCCAAAUAUGAUGUCCUUGUCGCGGAGGCCACCGAGUUGAUCAAAACGCUUCCCUGGGGAAAGGACUUUGAGGUUGAUGUGUUCCGAAAGCCUGACUUCACUGCUCUGGAGGUUGUCUCAUUUGCUACAGGAGGCAUACCCGCUGGUAUCAACAUCCCGAACUACUACGACAUCCGUGAAACGACUGGUUUUAAAAACGUGUCUUUAGCAAACAUCCUCGCCGCCAAGGCUCCCAAUGAAGAGCUUACAUUCAUCCACCCUGAUGAUGUCGACUUGUACAACUCGUGGGACAGCAGAGCAUUCGAACUUCAGGUCGCCACCCAUGAACUGUUGGGACACGGUUCCGGCAAACUGUUCCAAGAGCAAGCAGACGGCUCAAAAAACUUCGAUCCAGAGAAGGUUAUCAACCCCCUGACCGGGAAACCAAUCAAGUCGUGGUACAAACCCGGUCAGACUCCUGACGCCGUACUUGGUGAAGUUUCGUCGUCAAUGGAGGAAUGCAGAGCGGAAACGGUAGCUCUAUACCUCGCAAGUAACCUCACAAUCCUCAAGAUCUUCGGCUACGUCGAUAAAAACGAUAUCGAGACCGUUCAGUACAUUACCUUCCUCCUCAUGGCCCGUGCCGGAUUGAGGGCUCUCGAAUUUUUCGACCCUGCUACAAAGAAACAUGGCCAGGCUCACAUGCAAGCGAGGCUUGGAAUUACACAAUUCCUCAUCAAGCACGGUGUCGCGCGCUUGGAAGAGAUUCGGGGAUCUGACGGGAAGCUCGAGAACCUCUACGUCAGGGUGGACCGGGAAGCGGUACUCACCAAGGGAAGAGAGGUGGCUGGGAAGUUGCUCAUUGAACUGCAGGUUCGGAAGAGUACUGCAGAUGGUGCAGGUGCUCGUGAGUUUUACACUUCGCUCACUAAGCCACUUGAGGGCUGGGACGGAGAAAUUAGAGAUUUGGUACUGAAGAAAAAACUGCCACGGAAGAUCUUCAUGCAGCCAAAUACGUUCCUGGUAGGCGACGAGGUUCAGCUGAAGGAAUAUCCUUUGACGGCGGCUGGGAUCAUCGAAAGUUUUGUUGAACGUAAACUGUAG